CUCACCAUGAAGCCAGGAGGCCUCCUCCUCCUCCUCCUGGGGACUUUUCUUCUCUGGACUGAGCUGUUGGCUGCACCAGCCCAAAAGGCCUCUGGGAUCUCCUCUCAAAGGACAACACUUCUGCGUGCAUUGCUAAAGGACCCCGAGGUGGCCCCGAAGAACCGAGUCCUUGAGGGGCAUCCGGAGAGCAGGGAGGGCAAAAGUGAGUGCAAGGGCACCAUCCCCCCUAAGCAAAGCCCUGGCUUCAAAAGAGGCAUCCUUCCCUCCGAGGAAACUACCCCUGACGUGACAGAAAAGCCGGUCUGUAAGAAGAAGCCGCGGCCUGUCAGCAAAAUGGAAACUGGGUCUCCUGGGAAAGUCGAACCUGUGGAGAAGGCCCACGUGGGGUCUGAAGGGACCCUCUUUGGCAAGAAGCCUGACCUGGGGGUGGGCAUGGUCUCUGGUGAGAAACUUGCACCUAGUGGGAAGCCCCCUUCAGGGGAGAUACCUGCAUCUCCUGACUCUGCCAACUCUGCCGCAAAGCCAGCCCUCAGCGAGAAGCUGUGGUCCACGAUGGCAGACGUCACCAGUGAGGAAGCCACACCUGGGGACAAGCCAAAACCUGGUGGGACGCCAAUUUCUCCUAUUCAGCCUGGCAAACCCACAGCUGGGGGAGAGCCAGAAUCCAGUGGGAAGCCAAAUGCUGCUCAAGCACACACAUCCCAUGGCAAACCCGUAUCCUGUGGGAAGCCAGUAUCAGAUGGGAAGCCAGUGUCUCCCCUUGGGUCCAUGCCCUUUGGGUCCAAGCCCAUGCCUGGGGGAAAGCCAGCUUCUGAGGCUGGAGAGGGGACCCAUGCCAAACCAGCCCCCCAGGGAAAGCCUGGAUCCAGUGAGAAACCUAAACCUGAGGAGAAACCAGAGAAGGAGGCUGAGGAUGCUGAGCAAGAGGCCAGUUUUGAGGAAGAUGCAGAGGAUGAGGUGGAGGAGGAGGUUGAGGCUGAUAAUCCUGAUCCCAGUGAAGGGAGUCGAGAUGAGGGUGAAGAUGCCCUUGACAAGGAGCUGGAUUAUGGGCUGGAUCCGUCCCCCUACAAUGCUUACGCGUAUCACGAUGCCUGGAAUGAUGAUGAGGAUGACUUGGACAACACCAGUUUUGUGGCCACAGAGGGCGGGGCUACCGAAAGCAGCAAUGGCGACAGGGAGCCUGUGUUUGAUGCGUGGGGAGACGAGGUCCUUGCGAGGGGCCUGAGGCCUGAGCCACAGCCCAGGAGGCUUCCUGCUGAAAGAGGGUCUCUUUGGGAUGUGACGGAGGAUGUAGACGCCCAGGAAGCCGGGCUCUAAAGAAGCCCCUUGCGAGUCUACUGGUCCCCCUUGGGAGCUCUGAAGCGGGGGGGGGGGAGCUGCCAGGAUCCCACCUCCUUCCUGCGGCACAAAGAACCAGCCCUUUGUUCAGCGUCCCAAAGACUUUUGCUGCCAUGAAGUCUGU